ACAUGACGCCGCUGCCCCGCGGCGAGAGGGGGCGGACUGGAGGGUCCGGGUGCGCGGCGCUGGGUCUGGAGCAGUUAGAGCGGCCGCCCCUCGGGGCCCCCCAACCACCACCCCGCAGCCCUCAGCUCCAGCAGCCGCAGCAACUGGGAACUUUCUCUGGCUAAAGUUCCUGGGCCCCUUUCCUCCCUGCUUCCGUCCUACCCUCCCCGUCUCCCCCAGACUUCUCUCCGGGCUCCCCACUUCUGCCCUCCUCUGGCCUCUUUGUUCGGCUCCCCUUCUCCCUGCCUCUUUCCGGACUCCCUUUCCCCGUUCCCCCCCCCCGCCCCUCGCCCCAGCCCUCUCCACUUUCCCCCUUUCCCCAAGACCCCCUGGCUCUUCAUCUCCAGCAGCUUCAUUUCCCAUUCUUUCUUCUUUUCCUUCAUCGUUCAGCGCUCCAACAGCAUCUUUCCUCGAUCCCCAUCUCUGCACCCUCUGUAACUCCCACGAUCUCUCCUUUCUUUCCCUUGCCAUCCGCUCCUGGAAGCACCCCCCCCCCCGCCCCAUCCAGGGCCCCUUUGCUCCUUCAUCUCCUUGGCCAUGCUGCACCCCCCGAAGCCUGCUCCCCCAACCGAGGUCUACCCUUCGGAGAAGAUCGUGGUCCUCCUGUCCUGUGUGCUCUCCUUCCUGGGCUCCAGCCUCCUCAUAGGCACCCAUGCUCUGUGGCCGGACCUGAGGAGCCGAGCCAGGCAGCUGCUCCUCUUUCUGUCCCUGGCGGACCUGCUCUCUGCCGCCUCCUACUUUUAUGGGGUCUUCCAGAACUUCCAGGCCACCACCUGGGACUGCGUGGUGCAGGGAGCCCUCUCCACCUUUGCCAACACCAGCUCCUUCUUCUGGACAGUUGCCAUCGGGAUUUACUUGUAUCUCACCAUCGUCCGCAGCAGCCAGGGCCCCUGGGCUGGGACUCGUCUCCUCUCCUGCUUCCACAUCGUCAGCUGGGGCGUCCCACUGGCCAUCACCGUAGCUGCUGUCGCUCUGAAGAAGAUCGGCUAUGACGCCUCCGACGUGUCCGUGGGCUGGUGCUGGGUCAACAUCGAGGUGGAAGACCGGCUGCUGUGGAUGCUGCUGGCGGGGAAGCUCUGGGAGAUGCUGGCCUACGUCGUGCUCCCGGUGCUCUACGUUCUUAUCAGGAAGCACAUCAGCAGGGCGCACGCCGCACUCUCCGAGUACCGACCCCUCCUGGCCGAGACAUACGCUUGUCAGCACCGGACCUCGGUAGCAGAUAAGAAGCUCAUUCUCAUCCCUCUCAUCUUCAUCUGCCUACGGGUCUGGAGCACUGUCCGAUUCGUCCUCACCCUCUGUAACUCCUCUGCUGUGCAGACGCCUGUGCUGGUGGUCUUACAUGGAAUCGGGAACACAUUCCAAGGAGGUGCCAACUGCAUCAUGUUUGUCCUCUGUACCCAGGCGGUCCGAGACCGACUCUUCUCUGUCUGUUGCUGCUGCUGCCAGCGCUUGUGUCCCUCUCUGGAGAAUCCCGAUGGCGAUUACAGAGGCCCCUUGCCCCCAAGGACAGAAGAGUCCCAGCAUUCUAAAUAGACCCCAGCCCUCUUGUUGCCUAAAUCUUUGGGUGGCUUCUGGUUUCCGGGAAUGCCCCCCCCCCUUGAGCUGUGAGUCCUUGCUGGGGGUAGUGACUUUGGGCAGGGGAUUGGGUUGCUCGUAGAGCGUGUAUUUGCUGCUCAUAGGUUUUUCAUUUGCCUGUUCCCGAACAUGGGGGUGGAGGCCGUAUGCGCCAGUUCCACUGUGUCCUGGGACUCUUGGGCACUGCUUCCCCAUGUGACCUGCCCCAUGGGAGGUCAGGGAGCCUCUGACUGCGGCACACACACACACACACACACACACACACACACACACACACACACAGCUUAGUAGGUGGAGAAAAGGAAGCCAAGUCUCAGGGUCUCACUCACCGACUUGAUAUUCUGCAUGAGUGUUACUGGCCAAGCAGGGAGGGUUCAUUCAUCUUUCUGAAACUGUGUGCUCCCCUCUAUGAGCUGAGAGACCUCCCCCCCUAUCAGAGAACAUGGGGGAGAGGAGGUUGGUGGUAAAUGGAGUCCCCCCAACCAUAUGAUUCCCAGGAGCCAUCCUAGACCUUCACUCCAUGGCAGGAAACUUGAAGAAGGCCAGCCUCUGUUUACACAAAGUGUCCAAGAACCUAGGAAUUGCAAAAGAUUUCUAGGAAGUCUCUGGGUGCCUGAUUGCAGCAAAACCCCAGCUGAGAGUGUCUGAUGGGGAACAUUCCAACUGAGAGCAGGAGUUGUUUGCUACCUGAACCUGCAUAGCAAAGCUCACCAAUCCCCCUAAUUGUGGGUGGGUCAUCUUUGGGUCUCCAAGGGAAGCCUGAAUCCGUUGAUGCCUUUAGCAUCAACACCCUAUGGGUCAUAUCUGGCACAGAUACUUGCUUCGGACCCCUUGAAGAGUUGACCAGAGCUGCGCCAAGAAGAGGCUUUUCUUCGGAUUUUUGUGUGUCAUGGACUCCUAUGGCAGCCUAGAAAAGCUUAUGGAGCUCUUUUCUGAAAAAUGUUUUUAAGUAAUUGCGGGCAAUGCUAAAUUUCAGUGAGAGGCUAAGUGAAAAUAAAGAUGUGAUUUUCUUUCCUCCUUCAAAUUCACAGACACCUCCACCCCCACCCCCAUUUAUCCAUGGGCUGGACCCUGGGUUGAGAAACCCUUGUCUAGAACUAGACAGCCUAGAGGCCCUUAUCAUCCCUUUUAUGAGGAUAGUAUUCGAAGAAAAUGCUGGAAGAGUAAAGUCACUUUUUUUCCUUAGGCAAUUGAGAUCUGGUUCAUUAACCCUUCUUGUGUUGGUUUUUGCUACUUCACACUGACUUGUGUGGUGGAAAAAGCCAUCUAGAAAGCAGAUGAAUAAAUGACUUGCUAGUUCCUUUUGCCCUCUCCCUUCCCCUCCCCUCGCCAGACAAAUACCAAAAUACCACAGAGUGUUGCGGGGCAGGGGAGCUGAGCGCCAAAGAUAGACUUGCUGGCUUGGCAGAUUUGGGGGGAAGUGAUGAUAUGGGCCCCAAGGCCUGCCACUGACAUUUCAGGGGACAAAAAGACCGGGAAUAAGCUUCUCUGGAUGUAACCGCUCACUUGGCCCAACUUCCUUCUUCUUUUUUUUUUUUAAAUUCCGGAAAGCAAUUCCCCCAACCCCUCAACUCUCUUAGUUAUCUUAAUGGUUUCCGACACCCUGGGCACCAAAUAGCCAGUUAGGCCUAAGACUAUGCUACCAGUAGCCCUUCCCAGAGAAGUGGGACCAACUCCAGCAAAUACCAGGUUAGACUGCGUCCUGUUCUGUGGAACACAGCUAAUAAUAGCUUGUCAAAGUUUGCAAAGCACUCUGUGUUCAUGCUCUCAUUUGCUCCUGUGAGGGAGUUGCUAUUAUUAGCCCUGCUUUGCAGAUGGGAUAGCUGAGGCUCAGAAGUGACUUGCCCAGGGUCACAAAUCACAGAGAUGGGGAUUUUUCAAACCCAGGUUUCCCCGUCUCUAAGGCUGGUGCUCUGUAUUCCACCUGGAUCCUGCAGGGAGACGAUGGGACUGGGAACAGAGACAGGGAAGUGGGGCUAAGAAAGUGAAAAUGCAGGCUCGCCUACGGUGGUUGCUCCUUCAGGUGACUGUGGGCGCUGCAGAAAGGAAGCCGGAUGUUUCCCAUCCUCUUACUGAUACUCAGAAUUAAAAACCAUCGUCCUGCUGCGUUAUCUUGAUUCCUGUUUUGCUGGUAACAAACUUUUUCAGAGACAGGAGACCUGUGAGUUGACGAUAAAUACUUUUGGUUCCUUUUAUAAACAGUUCCAUUUAUGGAAGUGAGUGGGUGUUUGAAUUUUUACCUUUGGCAGGGAAUGAAAAAAGAACAACCCCAAAUCUUUAAAUGUAUUAAGUCACUGUGCUAAGCGCUUUGCAGAUAUCAGCUCAUUUGAGCCUCACAACAACCCUGGGAGGUGGGGGCUAUCAUUACCUCCAUUUUACAGAUUAGGAAACUGAGGCAGACAAGUGAAACCCAGGGUCAUGCUGCCUGAAAGUGUCCCGGUGAGAUUUUGAACUCAGCUUGCCCACUCUAUCCCUAUGCGCAGUGGCGCCACCUAGUGGCCUACAUGAUAUCUGCAGUCUCUUAGAGUUCUAGUAUAGGAGCCUUCAUCUCUGAAAAAUGAGCAGGGAUAGGAAUCAGUUUCUCCCUCUAACACUUACCAGCUGUGUUACCCCGGGCAAGUCACUUCACUUUUGUUUGCCUCAGUUUCCUUAUCUGUAAAUUGGGGACAAUGAUGGCACCUACCUCUCGGUAUUGUUGUGAGGUUUGAGAUAAUAAUUGGAAAACCCUUAGCAUUGUGCUUGGUAUGUAGUAAGUGCGAUAUAAACGUUAGCUAUUAUUUUUAUUAUUAUGAUUUUUUCCCUUUUCCUCAACAGGUAAGGCUUUGAAAACUGACCUGCAUUUGGAGCCUACGGCUCAGGAGCCUCCCUGUCAGAGCUCAACCCCUUGAGGGAAGAAGGGAGGGAGGUUUCACCCAUGUCCGCCCUUUCUGUCCUCCCCAGAGGUCCUCACCAAGAUGUUAAUCGGACGCCCUCUCCCUUUAGUGCCCUCCACUCCCAGCCCCUUUUUUCCAUCAAGCCCCUAGUUAGGAUUCCUUUUCUCCAGGUGUGCAGAGGGGCAGGGAAUGCAUGCUGGCAUCCCCUUCCAUGCCCAGGGCAGGUUGGCAGGAAGUCUCAGCCCUGGCCCAUCCUUUGUGCAGUGAUGUGGGGAAGCUGGGAUGACAGCAACUAGUCAAAACCUGCCCCUGUGACCCUUCCCUCUUGGAGAGUAUAAUAGCAUUUAAUUUAAAAUGUAAUUCUAUCUUGGGAGCAGGGUUUUAAAAACCCUGAAACCUCUUGACUAAAUAAUAUGCCUUUACCAGGUGUUCUUGCCACCUAUGGCCCAGGUUCUUCAUGGAGUCUGCAGCUUAGACCUACCCAGGCUGCCCCAUCUCUUCCUUUCCAGGGGUCAGAAUAGCCAUGAAGAAUGACCGGAUGACCCCAAUGCUUUUGGAUGCAGCCCUGGGCUAGCCACCCCUCCAGUGGAUUUCACUCCCUUUGCCAAAGUGCUCUUAAUUGUGUUCAUCUGAAACACAAAUUCUGAAGGGUGCUUGGAGCCCCUUGGAGUGUUUUUCUGAUCCUUUCCCAUUUUCUAACCGAUUUACCAGACAAAUGCCUAUUUCUUUGUGGGGGAUGGUUUCUGUAGAGAAAUGAUUUUUAUUUCUGCAUGGACAGGGUCCUCUCGUCAACGACAGGGAAAACACAUUUUUAUAAAGUCCUCGUUGUAACUCAAUAAACUGCUAUGUGUUCA